AUGGCCUCUCCAUACCCACUGGCUGUGAAAGCUGACUAUUGGAAGCCCAAGUCCAUUAAGACUAACAUGCAGCGACUUCCCUGUGACUCGCACCAGCCCCCAGAGCUCACGGCGCUUCAGACACGGACACUCACAGCCCCACUGUCUAGCACUGCAGCCUUCUCUUCAGAGCCUCUGGAGCCUCUGUCAACCAGGCUUCCUCCCAGGGCCCAAACCCCUGGCCUCAGGCCCCAUCAAGAUCCCCACAAGACUGGACUGAGGCACUAUGUGAAACUCUUUAGCUUCUGCACUAAGAUGCCCAUGGAGAAUAAGGCUCUAGAGAUGGUGGAAGAGUGCCUGGACAAGUAUUUCCAGCAUCUUUAUGAAGACCUGGAGGUGUUUGCUAUGCAUGUUGGCUGCAAGACUAUGAGGCCAGAGGACCUGGAACAUCUGAUGCAAUGGCAGGGCCUGGUCAAUGACCAAGUCUCCCUAUAUGUGCUUGUGGAGCAGCACCUGCCCCUGGAGUACUGGCCGCUGUUCAUCCCUUGUGCAUUCACUGGCAACUCUGUCUUUCCUGCCCAGCAGUGGUCAGGCCUCAACACCCACCCAGUGCCCACCUGUGGUCACUUGGCUCCACGACCGGCCCAGGCCACCCACCUGCAGCAGCUGCAGCUCUGGGUCCAGGCGGUUGCUGAGGCCGUAUCCCCCCUCCUAAGGCGGCCCUGCAGUUUACCAGGACUCAGUUUCUCCUUGCCACUGGGAGCUGCCCUGGGAAACGGCUGCAACACGGAGGUGGAGAAGCUCCCCUUUCAGGAUCCCGCAACUCCUCCAGAGCAGACCCCUGAGGCUGGUUGA